AUGGGCCGGGGCGGUUACAAACAGAUCAACAAGGCGCUCAACAUCUGCGCCUUCGAGGACUAUCUCGAUUCUCAAGUGGCCAACCUUCCAAAGCUGAACGAUGUCGAGCAAAUCAGUCCCCGGGUGCGGCGUAUCUUGGGUCAAAAUGAGGGAAAGUUUACACUCCAAGGGACAAACACAUAUAUUGUCGGGACUGGUCGAGAAAGACUCAUCAUCGAUACCGGCCAAGGGAUCCCCGAAUACGCGGACUUGAUCGACGCUGACCUCGCUGAUUCCUCGGUCGUCUUGUCGCAUGUGCUCCUCACACACUGGCACGGGGACCACACGGGAGGCGUACCAGACCUCCUCCGUCUCUACCCGCACCUUUCCGACUCGAUCUACAAACACACCCCGGGGGAGGGCCAGCAGCCGAUCGCCGACGGCCAAGUAUUCCGCGUCGAAGGCGCAACGGUACGAGCCGUCCACGCGCCCGGCCACUCGCACGACCACAUGUGCUUCAUUCUCGAGGAAGAGAACGCCAUGUUCACGGGGGACAACGUGCUCGGCCACGGCACGGCUGCCGUCGAGGUCCUCCCGACCUGGAUGCAGUCUCUCCGCGCCAUGCAAUCGCACGGCUGUGCCAUCGGAUACCCGGCGCAUGGGGAAGUGAUCCGAAACCUGCCGGCAAAAAUCGAUCUGGAGAUUCGAAUCAAAGAAAGACGCGAGGAGAAGAUCCUGCAGGCGCUCGCUCGCGUGAGGCAGGAGCAGAGGAGGGCUACGCCUUCUGCCAAGGGAAGUGUUACGGUACGGCAGUUGGCCACAAUCAUGUAUGGAGAGAAGUUGGGUGAGCAGGUGAGGGAGAAAGCAAUCGAGCCGUUCAUGGAUGAAAUUCUACGGAAGCUGGCUGGGGAUGGGAAGGUGGCCUUUGAGCUCAAGGCCGGCCAGAGAAAGUGGUUUGCACUUACCGCUUGA